AUACAAAUCCAUCUCUCAGACCACAUCAAAGAAGUGAUGUACGUCCCCGCCCUGAAGACAUGGAGGCAGCUGAGACACAUCCCAGGAGGCUAAGGGAGUGCCUUCAGUAGCCAAGCUUCCUGGGAUAGAGUCUCCCUACCCAUGGUGCAGCUCCAGCCACAAGACAUGUCCUGCUACAACCCAUGCCUGCCCCGCCAGCCCUGCGGCCCCACCCCGCUGGCCAACAGCUGCAAUGAGCCCUGUGUCAGGCAGUGCCAGGACUCCCAUGUUUACAUCCAGCCGUCCCCUGUGGUGGUGACCCUGCCCGGCCCCAUCCUCAGCUCCUUCCCUCAGAACACCGCCGUGGGAUCCUCCACCUCUGCUGCUGUUGGCAGCAUCCUAAGCUCUCAGGGAGUGCCCAUCAGCUCCGGGGGCUUUGGUCUCUCUGGCUUGGGCAGCGGCAUCUGUGGCACAAGGAGGUGUUUCCCCUGCUAAAGCUGCUGGUGAUGGCCCUGGGGAAGGAAUCCAGGGACAGAGCAUUGGGUUGUUGUUUUCAGAGGGGCUGAGCAACCCCAGCAACCCUUGUAAAAGCAUGGUGCCAGCCUGGGCUCUCAGAAAGCAGAGCCCAUACCAACUUUCUCCUCUUCCAGUGUCUCCUCUCCCUCUUGUGUCCUUGUUCUCUUGUUCUCCCCUGGGCUUUGAGCCCCACAAAGCCACCCCAGGGAGAACUAGGUGUCCCUGUUCUCUCCGUGCGUUGGGCAAAUAGAACCCUGGUGGGCUGUUCAACACAGCCAUGAGGCACAGGCUCUCAUCUGACUCUGAAUCUCCCUGCACUCAAAGCAACCUUGUUUCCAUCUUUUAACUCAUUAAAGUUCUUCAUCUGA